AUGAGUGAGGAGCAUUUGAGAGAGUCGAUAAAUGACGUACAUCCCGUUGAAUUGACGGCCCACACUGUGUUAAGUGGACCCUUGGAUAGUUUAAAUGCGAGUCUUGCGCUGCUAGAUGAAUCACAAAUGGAACUACUAACAAAAUUAAAACUUCUUGAAGAUAGAUUGACCACGUUUAAGAAACUCACAGAGUCUAAUUUUGUUGAUGAAAAACAAUUGAGUGCACAUUCAAACAAGGUAAAAGAGUUUUCCAAACGACUAUCUGUGAUUUUAAAGCAGUUGGAUAAAUUGGAAGCAAGAGUCGAUAAACUAGCAGGAUGA